AUGAAUGAUGUCGAAGGUUUCAUUCAUGAAACUGACAAACGGUCAAUUCUUUUUUCUGCUCCUUCUAUUGGAAGCUUAGUUGGAAUUAUUCCAAGUGUUCAUUUAAUAUCCAAAUUUGGCGUGAGAUACGUGUUAACUGUAUGCGGAAUCUGCUCUUCAAUCGGCACAUUUUUCUUCCCAUUUUCAAUAGAUGUCGGUUUUGGAGCUGCGGUGAUAUGCCGUGUAUUGCAAGGUCUCGGAACAAGUGUCCUAUUCAUGGUUGUUGGGGUUGUGCCAGUUCAUUGGGCAGCAAACAACGAAAUGGGAACUUUCUUGGCAAUCCUCUCAUGUUCAUAUCAAUUGAGCAAUGUGAUUUGCAUGCCAGUAUCAGGAUUGCUUUGUGAAUCCUCAUUCGGAUGGCGAUCAACAUAUUAUAUUUUCGGUGCAUUCACAAUGGUCUUUUAUUGCUUAUUUUUUCUGUUCUAUCUCGAUUCGCCAAAAUCUCACAGGAAUGUCUCGACAGCCGAGCUGCAGCAUAUUGAAUACAAUAAAACAAUUCCUGAAAGGGAGACGGUUCCAUAUUUGAAAAUUUGCAAAGAUCCUACUGUACUUGCUGCAUGGCUCUGCGAAGUUGGAGGAAAUACCGGUUUUUACAUUCUAGUCCUUUAUGGUCCGACUUAUAUAAACAAAGUGCUCCAUUUUGAUGUGCGAGGCACUGGAUUCGCAACAGCUCUUCCGUUCCUAAUUGCUGUUGUUGUCAAAUUUAUAACUGGUCCGAUAUCAGAUAGAUCAACUUGUGUUUCUGAAAAAGCUCGAUGCUGCAUUUUCACACUUUUGUCGCAAUUCGGAUUAGCUGCUGGCUUUUGUGUAAUGUCUUUGACAUCAAACCAAGCAAUCGCACAAAUCGCAUACACAUUUUCAAUUGCUGCAUCAAGCAUUAAUAUUGUCGGCGUCCUCAAAUGUUGCCAAUUGCGAGCUAGGCAACAUGUUCAUUUCGUGGUAGCCAUGAUUUCUGUAAAUGCUGCAAUUGUUCGAUUCGUUGCUCCAGUUUUCGUAGGGACCCUCUGUCCAGACAAUUCGUCAGAGCAGGUACGAAAUCUCGAGUAA